CCGCCGUACCUACGCGAAACGUAUAUUAUAUUUUAAUUUUGUUAUUAUAAUUCACAGUACACACAAACACGUAUACACACACACACCACAUAAACAAGACGACCGCGUAUCGAAAAACAACACUAAAUCGUGCCACUUCACUUCGCACAAACACAAGUCACAACAACAAACGAAUCAACAAACCCGACCGGACUCUCGGGACACCGCCAGGCGAUGGCGUCAGUUCGGCAUCAGUGCAGCCAACACGGCCAGCCGAACGUUUUCCCGAAGAAAUGCAUCAAGUUCAAAAGUAGUACAUCAACUAAUUUAGAACAACCAAAACAUAUAGGAAUUAAACAAGUUACUUACACAAAUAAAUUAGAUAUUUUUGAGCCGUCCAGUUUAAAAACUACACCAAUUUUUAGAGUUUUGGACUGUGCAGGAGAAUUGAAUAAAUCGGCCGAAGCAAUUAUUGUCCCAAACAAUGAAGAACUGCUCAAAAUGUACAAAUCAAUGGUUUUACUAUCAGUCAUGGAUAAGCUUUUAUAUGAAUCACAAAGACAAGGGAGAAUAUCAUUUUACAUGACUAAUGAAGGCGAAGAAGCAGUGCAGAUUGGCAGUGCUGCAGGAUUACUGUCCGAUGAUCUGAUAUAUGGCCAAUAUCGUGAAGCAGGAGUGUUAUUAUACAGAGGUUUUACACCUGAACGUUUUAUGAAUCAAUGUUUCGGUAAUAUUGACGAUGAAGGCAAAGGAAGACAGAUGCCGGUACAUUAUGGAUCAAAAACGGAGAAUUUUGUAACUAUAUCAUCUCCGCUAACCACUCAACUACCUCAAGCCGUGGGUUCAGCAUAUUCGUUCAAAAGGCUCAAUAACGGUCGAUGUACUGUCGUGUACUUUGGCGAAGGAGCCGCAAGUGAAGGAGACGCACACGCCGCGUUUAAUUUUGCAGCAACUCUAGAGUGUCCCGUAAUUUUUGUUUGCCGUAAUAACGGAUACGCAAUAUCCACCCCGGCCAACGAGCAGUUUCGAGGAGAUGGUAUCGUAAGUCAUGGACCCGGCUAUGGAAUUGCUACGGUACGUGUCGAUGGAAACGAUAUAUUGGCAGUUUACAACGCAAUGGUGAAAGCACGACAAUACGUGAUGACUAAUACCAGACCGUUAAUAUUUGAAGCCAUGACAUACAGGAGGGGUCAUCAUAGUACUUCAGACGAUAGUACCGCUUACCGGUCUAAAGAUGAAAUGGAACAAUGGGCAAGUAAAAAUCCUAUCAGGAGAUUAAAAUUAUUUUUAGAAAAAAAAAACCUUUGGAAUGACCAAGAUGAUUUAAAGUACGCAAGUGAUACUAAAAAGAAGUUAAUGCAAACUUUCACGAUAGCAUCGAAGAAAAAAAAACCCGACUGGAGGCAAAUGUUUUAUGAUGUUUACGAUGAACUCCCAGAACAUCUUAUGGAACAAAUGAAGGGUUUAGAAGAGCACCUAAAACAAAACUCUCAACAUUAUCCCGAAAAUGAUUAAAGAUGCACACCUGAGCGAGACGACCUUAAGGUUUUUAAAGUGAUGCCCAAAUCAUCAUUAAUAUUCAGUUAUGUAUACGCUGUAUGACUACACCACUGGAAAUUUUUAUAUUACUUUUAUUCGGGUUUUUUUUAACUUUUUUUUUUUAUCAAAGAAUUAUGCGGCUGAUCCUAUUUUUAAAGGAUAAUUUUGUUUUUAAAUUUAAAAAAAACAAAAUAAUCAGUGUAAUAACUAAUAAGUAACGCAAUAUUUUAAUAAUAUUACAUUUUUUUUUUUUUUUAAUUGUCAUUGUCAUGGUAACUUUCACAAUAAAAUACAACGCUGAUGGUAAAUAAAUAUUACUUCUCUAUUACUAUAACAUAUUGUUGGGCGCAUUGGUCACAUCAUAUUUUUAAUACAAAAAAUACGACAAAAUAUUAAUUACCUCUGUAAUAUUGCAUAUUUCUAUUUUGGAAAAACAUCUUUCCGUAUUCAAACGUAGAUACCAUUAUUGCACACGCUGGUGCUACUUUGAUUAUCCGAGGAGUUAGGCCACUAAAUAUUGCACGUACGCCAUUCCUGUGGUAUAUGUCUCCAAGUGUUUUAAACGUUGAAUAUGGCGCUUUUCCUGGUGGCUCUAUUGUAACUGAUAAGUAAUAAGUGAUUCGGCAAAACAAAAUAAGCACAAUGAUUUAUUCAAUAGGACUAACCUGCUAUGAUUUCUUUCUCAGCUAACUCGAUUUGUCUAAUAGUUUUAACAACGUCGAAAGGUGUUGUUACUGCUGAAGCAAACUACAGUGUUAAAAAUAAUUCUCUAUUAAUAUAAUUCAACACUGAAACAAGUCGUCAUCUAAUAUAAAUUUAAUCAUUUAUUACCGCGCCAGCUAUCAUUCCAGCUAAAAAAUUGUACAUGAACGUGGUUUGUUUCCCAGAUAACUGUUUAAUUUUUUCGUACGUCAACCAAUAAAUUCC